AUGCUUAGAAUAAAUCCAGCCUUAAGAUUGAGACCAGUUUCAAUUCUUUCCAAGAGGGCAUUGACAACAACAAGAUUCAACUUGCAAACCAAAAUAGCAUUGAAUGAAGAUCCAACUCCAAAAAUUGAACCACAAGAUGAGAUUCCAACUUCGUAUCCAGAUGUUAAACCUGAGCUGUACUAUAAUAGGGAUCCAUACGGAGAUUGGGAUGAUGUUCAAAACAGAAGAAAUAUUAAUGAACCACUUCAUGAAGAUGAAGAUGUUUUGAAUUUAUGGUCACCAGAAUAUUAUCAAUAUGUUUCUGAUGGUGAAGCUUUUAAAUUAGUUAGUUAUUUCUUUUUAGGUGUUGCUGGUAUUUUUGGUGUUUGUUAUACGUUUUUCUAUCCAAAACGUAUUGCAGUUCCAAGAAAUUAUCCCCAUGAUGGAUUAUCAAAAGCUUUGGGUGCUAGAAAUUCAGAGGAAGCUGAAUUGUUAGGUGCUAGAGUUGAUAAGACUGCUUAUUAG